AUGGCAUUGUUUUUGGAGAUGGAAGACAAAAGGCUGGAUUGUGAUAUUGUGAUUUACAGCAUCUUGAUUGAUGGUUUCUGCAAUACUGGGGAACUUACGAUUGCAAGAGAAAUCUUUAGUGGUCUUCUUGUGAAAGGAUUGCAUCUUGAUGUUUGGACUUACACUAUAAUGAUCAAAGGAUUUUGCAAGAAUGGACUAGUUGAUGAAGCGAGUGAACUGCUUGAGAAAAUGGAUGGCAAUGGUUGUUCACCUAACGAGCACACAUAUAACACAAUAAUCCAUGGGUUUUUGCAACAUAGAGAGACAUCAAAGGCAAUGAAAUAUCUCAAAAUGAUGGUUGACAAGGGAUUUUCAGCAAACGCAACAACUGCUGCCUUGUUUAUUGACUUGCUGUCGUCUGAUCAAGUAGAUAAAAAAUAUUCAAGAGCUGCUUCAAAAGUCUGGGUGAAGGUGACAGAGGAGGAUGGGGUUGGCUUGGAGGUGAGGUCUGAGAGGUGGAUGGACACAUCCUCCCUUGUGGAGAGGGCAAUGGCGAUGGCUGUAGCGCAAUCAAAGGGUCCAAAUAAAUCUUGUAUUGCGGCGGCAAUAGCACCCUCCCUAAGCACGAUAUUACGCUGA